AUGGCUACGUCUAUACUUGGGGAAGAACCCAGAUUUGGCACUACUCCCUUGGCCAUGCUGGCUGCUACUUGCAACAAGAUCGGGAACACCAGUCCCCUUAGCAGCCUCCCCGAGUCCAGUGCUUUUGCUAAAGGAGGUUUUCACCCCUGGAAACGUUCCUCCUCCAGCUGCAGCCUGGGAUCCAGCCUUGGGGGCUUCGCAGUGGCCACAAGCCGGGCAUCCGGUGCCCUGACAGGAGGAAGUACCACCGCCAACAGCGCCUUCUGUUUGGCCUCUACAUCCCCGACCUCUUCAGCUUUCAGCAGCGACUACAGCGGCCUCUUCUCCAACUCCUCCGGGGUUUCCCCCCAGGACGCUGCAGGACAAUCUGCCUUCAUCUCCAAGGUACAUGGGGCAGCAGACGGGUUGUACCCAAGGGUAGGCAUGGCACAUCCCUAUGAGUCCUGGUAUAAGUCUGGCUUCCACUCAGAGGUGGCAAAUGGGGCAUCAGCCUGGUGGGAUGUACACGCUGCCAGCCCCAGCACCUGGUUAGAGGUGCAGAACCCUCCGGCUGCAGCAGCUGCUCUUCAGGGGGCCCUACACACAGGUGGACAUCAUACCCAGCUCAGUGGGUACAGCCCGGACUUCAGUACUUUGACACACUCGGCUUUCAGCUCCACAGGGCUGGGCUCCAGCGCCGCCUCCCACCUUCUCUCCACGGGGCAGCACCUGCUUACCCAGGAGGGCUUCAAACCAGUCCUUCCCUCUUAUCCAGACUCUGGCACAUCAAUGCUCACUGGGGCCUCUGGAGUAGCAAAUGGCGCGACAGGGCGCUCUGCACGCAGAUACUCUGGGAGAGCCACCUGUGAUUGCCCCAACUGCCAGGAAGCAGAGCGCCUGGGGCCUGCAGGUGCCAGCCUUAGAAGAAAGGGGCUGCACAGCUGCCAUAUUCCUGGCUGUGGCAAAGUCUAUGGCAAAACAUCACACCUUAAGGCUCACCUGCGCUGGCACACUGGUGAACGACCCUUUGUCUGCAACUGGCUCUUCUGCGGCAAGAGGUUCACUCGCAGUGAUGAGUUGCAGAGACACCUCCGAACCCACACUGGGGAGAAGAGAUUCGCCUGCCCUGUAUGCAACAAGCGCUUCAUGCGCAGCGACCACCUAAGCAAACACAUCAAGACGCACAACGCAGUAGGAGGGGGAAAGAAAGGCAGCGACAGCGACACAGAUGCCAGCAAUCUGGAGACACCUCGGUCAGAGUCCCCAGAGCUUAUACUGGAAGGUGUAAGGCCUGGGAAAGAAUCAGCCAAUGACUCUUAGGGAGCAGCAGAGACUUUUGGGGUGCAGAAGAGACUCCUCCUUAAAAGCUGCAAACACUUCUAGGGUGCAGGACUCCUUGGAAGCUUUUGGGUUGUAGGGGCCACAUGAACAGCAGGUGCUUUUGGGGUGAAGUAUUGAAUACUUGGCAGCAACAGCCACCUCUGGGUUGCAGCACAUACACCUUGGAAGAAAGAGAC